UUUUUCCAGCUCUAGUAUUAACGAACAUGGACAAGGAAUUGGAAUUAAUAAACAAAAACCUACACAGUGCCCUGGCAAAGUUAAAAAACACCCAGGACCAAGUGGCCAGUGCAGACCUGCAGAGUCGAAGGGAGAAAAUCGCCAAGCUGAUCCGCCUGCACCUGCAUCAUGUUCAGUCCACCGUGGUCACCUUGCGUCGCAGGGCUCAGCAGCGGGCGAGGCGAAGAUUGAGGAUGAUGCGUUCCUUCUUUAUGCAGCAGAUGAUGGAAAUGCACUCCAACUACCUGCAAAUGUUUGCCCUGUUGCGCCUAAAGCAAGCCGAGUCCGAUGAUGAUGAUGAGGAGGAGGAGCCCGAGGCUAGCGGGACAGAGGAGAUAGUCAUCACGACAGACUUUCCGGUAUUUGAUUCCCGUUUCUUUGAAGAUGUGAUUCCUGAGCUGAGCGAAUCCGAGUUCCUGAGCACCCUCCAUGUGACACGUGGAACCUUCGACACGCUAUGCAAACAGUUGGCUCCCACUCUCAGGAAUGCCGAGGAACUGACACGCAAAACGCCAAGCAUUUCGCCAGAAAAGUGCGUGGCCCUGGCCCUUUAUUUCCUGGCCAGCGGAGAGCGCCUCUCUCUGAUUGCCGAGCGUUUCUCCGUGCCCCGGCCAAGGACGAUCAAGUGCCUGAAGGUCUUCUGCAAUGCCGUCAUGUCGACUCUGGGACGUGCUCUGCGCCAGCUGCCUCAGCUUCCGGUGGACUGCAACAGAGUGGCAGAGGGAUUCCAGCGCGAAAGCAACAUGCCACCCGCCCUCAUCGGAGUCCUGGGCGUGUGCUCCAUCCCCAUAAGAGCCAAUGGUGGCGAUGUUAAGCACUCAACCGCCGGCUCGGUGCUGCGCAUGGAAUAUCUGCUGGACGAUCGGAUGCUUUUCCGUGAACUACAACUGGGAUGCGGGAUUCGGGCGACACUGGUGCCCAUGUUUUCCCAUGCACCAAAUAACCUCUCGACCCUGCCCAAAUUCAGCAUCAACUCCCGGCCAGUUCCGGCCUUUGUCUUGGCUCCUGUCUAUCAGAAUUACCCGUUGCGUCCAUGGCUGCUGCAGCGAUAUAUAGAUCCGAUUGCUCCACACGAGCACGACUUUAACGAGGUGGCCGAGCACCUCCAGGAGCUAAGUGACUGCGCCCUGCAUCGCCUCAUGUCCCGCUGGAGUUUUCUUAGCCAGCCACUGGACAUAAGCUUCCACACAGCCUCCUGCAUAAUCACUGCCGCGGCAGUGCUGCAUAAUCUGCUGGAGGAACUGAGCGAGCCGCAUCUGCUGGAGUGGGGAAAUGCAGUGGACGUGUCCAAGUUUCGGGCGGAGCCAUUGCCUGAAGACCCACCUGAAGACAGCGAUUCAAAUGCAGCCCUGGAAGUGCGCGACUUCCUAGCUAGAACCAUAAGCUCCACUGAAAUAUAAAGCUAAAUCUUAAUCAAAAAAAUACAUUAUUUUUAGUUACAUUA